AUGCAACGACAUGAGAUAAAUCAGUCAGUAUAUUAUACUUCCAAUAGAAUUGCUCAAGAUGCUAAAAUCUUGGAUGAAGAUAAUUUAGCAAUUAGCAUUCAAGAUCAUGAAGCCGAUAGCUUACAAGUUGCGCUUAAGGAAAU